AUGGCCAAGCGCUCCUCGACGCUCAAGCAGUUCCUGCUGCGCGUACACCCCGACCACUUCCGCAAUAUCCCCAAGGUGCAUGAUGAGAAUUUGCAUUCUGUGAAGCUUCUAAACCAGUUUAUGGACGAGCACUAUGCGUCCCAUGGUGGCGGAGGAUCCUUGAGUUGGAGACGGCUGGCAGCUCCGAAAGAGAAGGUCUACUUCAGCGUAAUGGUACCGUCACUGAAGGCGCAGGAAAGUGGCGAGGAGAUUAAGACACUAAAGCGGUUUCCACUUGAGCUGGCUGCCAAUAUUGAGGCCAAGAUGAUCUCAGUGUUACGAGAGUGCGGAGUCUCAGUGGAUCAAAACACGGAAGAGGCGGCAGUAUCUGGUACAGCAAGUCAGCAUCGUCGGGUUAAAAAGAGAGGAGAAAGGAGGCCUGACGAUUGGCGACGAAGCCAUGAAAGCGGAUGGAAAAGUCCGAGUGGCAUGGACUUUGGUGGGUUUACUAUGGACGAGAUGUAUGCCAAGGCGAAUAGAGCAGCAGCUGCAUCGGCUUCUAGACGGAGAAAGAAGCCAAUCCAGACUUUAAAAGGAUUACUAGAGUAUAUGAAGGAAGAUGAGACGGUAGAGAUCCAACAGAGGCGUCGGAUUGCCUGGCAGUCGAUUCAAUCGGUCAGAGGCACACUGAAGCGCGAGCUGGGCCUUGAAGACGUGCUAUUCUCAUGCGGAUGGUCUACGAUGCAUCUGAACACGACGGCCAUGAUCCUUCUGCAAACGCUACGCAAGUAUACGCGAGCCAACAAGCAAGGUAUCUUCACUCCCAAGGACUUUUUGCACGGUGCCACGAUUGACAUCAGUGCCAAUCCUUCAGGGAUAGAUUUCAGCAACGAAUAUCGGAUCGUACUGAACCCUGCAGAUGUCCCCGUACAGUGGAUCCAAGUCCUCGAGACUAUUGAUGCAAAUAUGGUAUUGUUCAUGAAAGCAGCUCGUGAAAGUCUAAAGUCAUUGCAGACUGAUGCAACUGCUGCUCUUGGAGAAGCAAACAUCUCAAGGGGUCACACAUGCUCAGCUAUCGGCUAUCGGGCAUUUCUGCAAAGAAUGAGGCAACGUGACGCUGCGUACGAUAGCGAACAAGGUUUAAUGGAGAAGUUCACACUUGUGAUUGAAGACGAAUCGUACGACUGGAGAGUUCUGGAGACCGGAGAAGUGCGAGCUCCGUUUACCAGUUCGUACGGAGAAGUCGUCACGUUUCUUAGCAGGAAUCGCUCGCAGAUUCGCCGUCAGCAAGAGACCCACACUGCCAACUUAGAGGCAUUCGCAUACAUUUCUUCCCGAUGCGUGGAUGCCAUGUACGUCAAGAGUAUCACGCGUGACGAGGGGAUUCCACUGGCAGACGCCAUCGUGGCUUGCGAAGAGCUGCUGAAAGCUGUGGCUGGGAUGACACCGCAGAGUUCCAGAUGUUCCAUUCCGCAGGAUAUGGUGCGCUUCCUUGAUGCGUACACACAAGGCCGCAGCAUUUGCAUCAGCCGCACGUACGGACUGGGUCAAGACGGAGUCUUCACGCUGCCUUUCGAUUGGUUCAAAUGGUAA